AUGGAGUCCAUACAGCGAGACAUCCUGCCAUCGACCGAGAUCAUCCCACUCGCCUUGCCCAAAGGAACCGAGAAGUUAUGUGAAUUGUGUCAAAAACGAGCGUACUUGCAGUGCGCCAGGUGUCGAGUCACCUUUUACUGUGAUGCGGAACACCAGCAAUCCGACUGGAUAGGCAUCCACAAGAGGAUUUGCCAGUUGCUCAUUCCGAUCCGCACCCCAUCGCUCUUUAGUAUGCAGCGGGCUGGUCGCAUUGAAAACCUACUUAAAACGAAAGAGUUGAUUGAGAUUUGUAGGUUGGUGGCAGAAAGUAAGCUCUCAGAGGGGAAGCAUCAGGAAGCUGUACCUGCCGCUCAAGCCUGCCUGCGCUGUUCCGUAGAUGUGUAUGGACCCAACACAGUCCAGCUCGUACCGGCUUACCUACUCCUGGCUGAUGCCAACAUGGGCAUGGGCAAUGUGGCCCUGGUGGCAGAACUCCUGUCUCAAGCAGAAUGGGCAGUGUUGAAGAGUCCAGAGUGUGGCUACGCAGUCCACCAUCGACUGCACAGGAGCAUGGGCUGCCUCCACACAGCAACAGGAAACUUUGAAACAGCUCUAUUUCACUUUGCAAACGACAUCUAUUUUGCCAGUGAGGAGUAUGGUCUCGAUAGCACUGUGACAUGUGGAGGUUACUUCCUUAUGGCUGAUGUGUUUGUCAAACAGGGGGAGCCCUCUAUUGUUCAUUCCUUGUACAAAGAGGUGGCCGAAACUUGGCACUCCCAUCUGGCCAAACUCCUACAGAGUCACAUCCAAAAUAUGCAGAAGAACCCUGACACACCAGAGCCAACCUUAGAUCAAGGUCAGCAAGUUGAAGUAGACAAGAUACUCAGGACCAUUUUAGAUUUCGAGCAGGACGAUGCCCGGAAGGAACCUGCUCAGAUGGCUUUGGUGGCCCACUCACUGGCCAUGCUCGCCUUCCUGGGCGGAGAUGUCAGCAAGGCAUUGGGAUUUGGCCACAUGGCGCUGGAAGCGAGCCAGCUCAUACCAAACCAUGACCUGACGGAGCCCAUCCAGUCUCUCCUUCAACGGCUGAGUUAA